AGUAGUCAAUCCUGUCGUUAUAAAAGACGGCGUAAGUGACGACGAGGCAAUCCGGAGCUGUUGGUCAAGCGACAUGGUUGGAAAGAUAGCGCUGAUUCUUGUUGCUGUUGCAACCGUCACCUAUUCUGCCAGCGUCAAUGUCGUAAGGCAGACAACGGGGUGCUUCUACAAGUCAGUCACCCACCAGCAGGACGAGCAGUGGUUGGACGGGUGUGACUACAAAUGCACGUGUGUCGACGCUUCUAUUGGGAAAUACCAAUGCAGUACUGUAUGUCUUCAGUGGAACCUGCCCCCUCAGUGUCAGCUGCUCGACGCUCCCCCAGGCAAAUGUUGUAAAGUGCCACAGUGUCCUGAAGGAUGGAAGAUCAACUACCCAGAAGGAUACGUUCCGCUAUAGAGUGAUCUCCUUUUGUAACACCGACAAUGGCAUCACGUGAUGAUGUUUCAUGAAGGUCGAUAAGGGAUUUGUCUCCAAGUGAUUUUCGAAUAAUAAAUUAAAUACUCCACUCUGUCAA